AUGUCUGCAAUGGACAACACGAGCACAACUCAAUCUACUAACCCAUCGUCCUCGUCCAACGAAACAAUUGAAGGCUCUCAAACCGUCACAGCCACAUCCAGUACCGGCUCCUCGUCUUCGUAUUGCCCCGACUGUCCCAUAUGCAACCCUCCCGACACCAAAUCAGCCAAUGCCUCUGCAUACGGCACCAUUGAACCGCUCUCUUACGACUCUCAAACACCUGGGCCAACGUUCCUCGAGUCAACGGUAGAAGCAUGCGCCGAAAUCUGCUGCUACAUCUGCGACAGCCCUCCUCCAUCGAUUCGAACAAGCGACUGGUCAUCAACAACCUAUCCUUCUUCAAUUUCCUCAAAUUCGUACACCUCAAAUUCGUAUUCCUAUGGCGAAACAGAGACUGGCUCCUCUCAAAGUCAAACAAGCGAUGCCGAAACUACGCAUGUGCAUAGGCACAGUGACGGAUAUAAACGACAACAAGAGAUGCGACCCGUCAAAGAGGAGAACAUUGCUCAAUCCCCACAAAGUCUUUCUGUCAAUCUCAGCGACACCGUUGAAGAUGCUCAUCCAGUCUAUUAA